GCUGGCACUAGCUGGCACUAACGCCACUAACGCGACAUCGGUAUUGACACCAAAACACAUGUUUGCGGCUGUGCAGUCUUUAUUCUAUGGCUGUGCGCGCUUUCAAAGUUCAACUACUUUGACUUGAAAUUCUUACUUCUUUUCUCGCUUGGUUAGCGAUCGCCUGUCGUAGCGCACUACGUUCCACAAACGUGUGACGGCAACAAUAAGUGUUUCGGCGCUGAUGUGAAUCGUCAUUUUACAAUUGACCCGGCGUGCGCCUAGGUUCGAACGUCGUGAAAUCGUUUUGGUUGAAAGCUUGAAUCGACUCUUCCACAAUGGCCGCAUCGCUGGAAGGAUAUGUCAACCACACAGUAUCAAUUAUUACUGCUGAUGGUCGUCACAUAGUGGGCACCCUGAAAGGCUUUGACCAGACCAUCAACCUGAUACUGGACGAAAGCCAUGAACGCGUCUAUAGUUCAGACCAUGGUGUUGAGCAGGUGCCUCUGGGACUGUACAUUGUGCGAGGGGACAAUGUGGUUGUCGUCGGGCAAGUGGACGACGAGUUGGACAUGCAUCUAGACUUGGCGAACAUGCGCGCUGAACCACUAAAUGCUGUGGUUCACUAGUGGAGUGGGGUGUUGUCUGGACAAGGACCAUAGCAGCCUACCUUAAUGGCUGCUUUAGGACUGCUUCAUUUUUGAUAAAAGAACGCUUUUUCUUUAAACUCCUUAAUUUGUAACAUCUGGAGGGUUGAAGCAGGGUUGCAUGCAGCCAUCUGAGAAAAGCCAAUCAAGCUUUCUCUGCUGUACUUAAAGGGACUAUGGCCAGACAGCUGAAAUCAAAAUGUUUGAAACAGCAGUUUUACUGAAGACAAAAAUUUUGUAAGCUAAGCAAGAAAGCGUAAAUGUUAGGAUGGGAUUGGUCUCACCGCUAUGAAACUAUAUCACCAGCCUCCAGUGACGUACUGUGUCAUGUUCAUAAUUGGUAAGUGUAGUAGUCAGCCCCUGAUAAUAAAGAAAGAAUCAUAUUGCAUUUGAAGAUAAAAGGAAGUGUAGUUUGGUCACUUUUACUGAUUUGUUCUGCGGAAUAAGUCAUUGGGUAUUUGUUGGAGUGCAUCCGACUUUAGCGAGGGCAGUGGUGUAAGGCAGAGCAUGACCUGCAAUAUUGCUGGCGCAGUGCAGGACUGCCGAACUGCUCUGGAUUAUGCAUUUCCAUCAAUAGACAGUUUUAGUUUAGCGUACGCUAUACGCUAUAGUGUAGCUUACGCUAAGAAGUGCACGUUUUUUACAGUUUUAGUUGGCCGGCGAGAUCUUUGGAUCUUAGAGGCCAUAUGACGUCAUUGCGGCUAUUUCCUGACUGUACCGAUAGGUGGUGCAGACAUCUCGAAUGUUUCUUUCGUUAGGCUUCGAAUUGUUCGAAAGGAGAAGCGAUCUCGAAAACACAACAAGUUAUCCAUAAUGCUCUGUCGUCGAAGCGGCCUGAGACUAAGCAAAAGCCGUUAACACAAUAAUUUGCUACGAACGAAGCGAAUUUUACAAAAGCAACGCCAAAUUCAAUUUGAAGCGGGCAGCCGGGACCGCCGCCAUGUUUCACGCAAACUCCACAAACCAUGCAAAGACGCUAAUGCUGAAUCUGAGAAAUGGCGUGCGUACUCUAUACUCUAUGGGUCCUUUAGCGUUCUGCGCAUGUGCAGUGAUGACCUGCUAUUUUAUAGCGUAUGCAAUGGUAUAGCAUACGCUAUACUAAAACUGUCUAAUUUCUUGAACAAUCUGCCAGCGUUGGGUGAUUUGCAGUUUCCAGUUGGGAGCUGCUUACAGUUGUGAUUUUCACUUGGGAAAUUAGUCAUCUCCUAAUGCCAAACAAAUGCUGAUAAAUUCUAUAAGAGUGAUUUAUUACUCUAACUGUGUAUAUUUGGCUUUAGUGUUGUUUAACUUGUGUAGUUAGGCUUUCUUUUCUGUGUAUGGAAGCUCACAUUUAAUACUUUUUAUGUUGAUAACAACAUAAUUAAAAGAUUGCCUAUACCUCCAGUUUACGAUAAAAAAAUUAAUGAACUGUAGAUUUUGAUUUUGCACUUGUAUUGGCUGUGUCCUUUAGGUGCAAAGGGUAAUCUUCCUACGAAGAAACCAACAAGCCAUGAUUAGCCAUGCGUAGCUAUCAGCAUAAAGAUGUGUCAGUGUGUUUUUUACUUGCCAAUGUGUUAUGCACAUCAGCUGAUAUGAGUGUAUACGGGAUAUUUUCAUCUUUCAGGGACAAAUAAUUUAACUUUAAUAAUAAAAUAUUCUUAAGAAAAAAAUGAUGGAAACAUUUUUUUUCAUUUGCGCAAUCACCACUACGGAAAUUUUGUGCAAAAUCGUUAGGAAAGAGUCCAACUGUAACAUGAGACUUGCACAAGUCUAUGCAUUAAAAGAAAAACUGAAUAGCAGAAAUUAUUAUGUUUUUAAGGCAGUAGGUAAAAAUGAGACUAGAAUAUAGCUUCCUUGUAUGUUCAUAAUGAAAAGAAAAAUUUUUGAAGGUCUUUACAGCUUAUAAGAAACCGAUGCAACAGUUCUCUGAUGGUGGGUAGGCACAGAGCAGUCUUGCAGUGCUGUCGGUGUAGAAAAAACAUUCCAGGCACUACUGAAGUUUCUUCUCGGACUUUCUUUUCAAAUCAUUUUUGUAGCUGAAGGUGUCGUCCCCUUCUUUCUUGAACAGCUGCAGUAAAGAAACAUCUGCUUAGAGAUGUUGAAAUCAGCAGAUAUUGGUUCUGUAUCCUAAGUCAGUAUGUUGGUAUCAAUGAAAUAAAAACAGAUAUUCCCAGGACCCUGCUCACAAUAACAAAUACAGUCGAGUCCCGCUGCGAUGCACUGUCAUCUCACGGGAAGAUACCCUCAUUAUAUCCGAUAUUCUAGACAAACAUUUGUUAGAUACUAAUGUAAUGGAGGAAAAUUGAGAUUUAUUUUGUUAUGUUUGACUAUUCAUUAUAUCCAUGUUCAAUAUAUUGAGGUUUGCUCUGGUUACUUGCAACUUAUUUUUUGUGGGCUUUGUUGCAUUCGGUUAUUAUAGCCAUGUUCUUUACGGUAAGGUAUGGCUGUGCUCCGAUUACAAUGCAACAUAUUUUUUUGUGUGUGUGUUUAUAGGUUUGACAGUAAAAUCAAAUUUCUGUACAAGUUUGUCGCUUCUGAUACAAGCAAUUUGUUCCACUUCACCUUAUUGGUUAAACGUUACGUGCUCCUUCAA